UUGAGAAAGUAAUUGGACAUGAUUCUUCUUUAGAGCUAUCUGAAUCAGUCUUAGAAGACAACGAGAAGGGGAAUGGGUUGAAUAUACCAAUCUUGGAACGUGAAUAUAUGCAAGGGGUAUUAAUCAGUGAGCUUGUGCUAAAUAACAGUUUUUCAUCUUCAUCGAGACGAGCAAAAAGGCGACAAAAGAAACUAGCAAAAGAGGUUAAAAGGCCUGGUGAAGCAAUCAUUAAGGGUCACAGGAGUUACGAUUUAAUGCUUAGUUUGCAGCUUGGGAUCAGAUAUACUGUGGGGAAAAUUACACCUAUACAGAGGCGGGAAGUCCGGGCAGUAGACUUUGGUCCUCGAGCAAGUUUCUGGAUGAAUUUUCCUAAAGAAGGAUCUCAACUGACACCACCUCAUCAAUCUGAGGAUUUUAAGUGGAAGGACUAUUGCCCGAUGGUUUUCAGGUUAGCAGUUGACCUUUUUCGGGUAACAUUUUGCUCUACCUCAUGUAUUUGAUGGAAGCAUUCUCUUGUAUACUGGGUAGUAUUCCUUUUACAUGUGCAUCACAAGCAUGUUAGAAUUGAUGACUUAAAAUGAGGGGACCAUGCUGAGUACAUAUCAGGUUCAAAAUUGUUUUAGGUUUUUCUUUAGAGAAAAAGAUUGUCAAACAUACUGCAUUUACUAUCUACACAUGCAUUUAAUUUUACAGACAAUGAGGACCUAAAGUUGCUCCUAGUCUUGGAUUUAAUCCUUAAUAUGCCCUUU